CGUCUCCACGGUCGCCCCAGUGGGGUCUCAGGCUGCGGGGCCCACACUGCGCCGGGCGGGAACAGGAGCUGCCGGAAACCUGCGACCACGAGGGCCAACGGGCAAACUGAGGCAGCAAAAGGCUCAGAACCCAGCGGGUGCCGCGUCUCUGCCUGGGGCCUCCAUCACCUCCGACAAGCCAUGUUCCAGGCUUCGGGAGCCGCCCAGGCCACCCCAUCUCAUGAAGCCAAAAGCAGCGGUGGCAACAGCGCUGUGCAGCGCUCCAAGUCCUUCAGCCUGCGGGCCCAGGUGAAGGAGACUUGUGCCGCCUGCCAGAAGACUGUGUACCCCAUGGAGCGGCUGGUGGCAGACAAGCUCAUUUUCCACAACUCUUGCUUCUGCUGCAAGCACUGCCAUACCAAGCUCAGUCUGGGCAGCUAUGCCGCGCUGCAUGGUGAGUUUUACUGCAAACCCCACUUUCAGCAGCUGUUUAAGAGCAAAGGCAACUACGAUGAGGGAUUCGGCCGAAAACAGCACAAGGAGCUCUGGGCCCACAAAGAGGUGGACCCCGGCACCAAGACAGCCUGAGGCCCCUCUGACCAUCCACUCCCUCAGCGGAGGGCCUGGAACUGGGCGGUGGGAAGGGCGGGAAAAAGAUUCUCUGGGUUUGAGUAGGGGGCAGGGUGGGAAGGGGGAGGCUUGCUCAGGCAGAAGGUUCCGGGGCAGGGCUCUGCUCCAGGAUUCCUUCCUUCUCCUUCAGUGGGGGUCAAGGGGUGGGAACCAGGAUUGGGGUUUGCUCACCCUGCUUCCUUCAGCCCACCCCACCUCACCACAUGGCCCCCUGGGAGGCCGCCAAGCCCAGCUUCCCUUUUUAGGUGCCUUUUCUCCAGCAAGGAGUCAGCAUGCCCCCCUCAGGGUCCCAAGCUCCCUUACUGCCACCUGGGCCAUGUUGGCCCCCAUGUCUCCCCAUCUACCUCUGUCCUUAGCCUGGUCCUGAGCCACAGACUGGGAGGAAGGAGAGUGAGAGUGUCACCUGCUGGACCUCAAGGAUGCCACAGCAGCUGAUGGGGGAGGGAAUGGGGAAGUAGAAGGCAAAGCAGGGCCCACUGCCUUGGGGCCGGGACCCCCUUGCACCAUGAAGCUAAAGUCCCCGCCAGGCUGAGCGCUUCUGAGACCUUCGGGGGCCAGCAGCAGCCGUGCCCCCUCCUCUCCCUCAUUUCUGCCUUCUGACUGUUGUGAUAACCCUGUUUUAAACAUGUUUAAACAGAUCCUGAC